AUGGAUGCUGGUAUCCUCGCGGCGUUCAAGCAGCGGUAUUGCCGGUACCAUCUGCAGAAUGCGAUCGACUGUGACGAGCAUAGGAAGGGUUUUGACAUUUACAAUUUCGUCCAAAGUGCUUGCAUGCGCUGGUCGGUGGCUGCCUGGAACGAGAUUUUAAGCACUACCAUUGCCAACUGCUUCAGCCACACGGUUUUUUCUACUGAAUCGGUCAUUUUAAUUGUAGUGGAGGUGAGUUGUAGUAAAGAUAGCACGACGGGGGUCGAGGAGGAUGAGUGUGAGCUGGAUCAUGAGCUGAUAGCACAGCUCAAGAAGAUGCGUGUCCGAGAUCCCACAGAGAUUAUGGAGCUUCUCGAUUUCGUCAAAGAGGAUGAGACUGCUCAGCCUGAGCUAGCCGACAACGAGAUGUCCAAAAAAAGUUUCAAAGGCAGAUGA